UCAAGCCUUUAUAUAGAUGGUAACGAGUUCAUGGAUAUGAAACUCAAUUGCGGAGAAGAAAAAUGAGUACAGAUAUCCAGGUUGAAAUCAUUCACAAAGAAACCAUAACACCAUCCUCUCCAACUCUUCCCCACCUCAAAGUUGUAGAACUCUCUUUUCUGGAUCAGUUUAUUCCUGACGUUUAUGUCCCGCUGAUUCUUUUCUAUCCCAAUCAUACUGAUGGUGAGGUUGAUACCAAUCACCAGUCAUUGAUUGAAGAAAAAUCCUGCAUUCUAAGAGCCUCACUAUCUGAAACCCUUACUCACUUCUAUCCCUUAGCAGGGAAAUUCCAGUACAAUGAUUCAAUCUGUUGCGAUGAUCGUGGGGCUGCAUUCAUUGAAGCCAGGGUGAAUUGUGGGAUAUCAAAGAUUUUGAAAAAUCCAGAUACUGAGAUACUAAAAUGUCUGUUUCCAGCUGCUGUAGAAUCCACACAAGCACUUACAGGUCAUCUUCUACUGGUCCAGGUCAACUUCUUUGAUUGUGGUGGAAUGGCAAUUGCAAUCAACAUUUCACAUAAGGUGGCAGAUGCUUUUACCUUCAGCACUUUCAUAAAAAGCUGGUCCGCAGCUGCCCUUGGACCCAGUAGUACAACUGAUCAUCCAGUGCUUCCUGUAGAGUUUGGUGUUGCAGCUUCUCACUAUCCCCCACAAGAUUUCUUAAACUCACCGAAACCUGAUAUGAAAUUUAUUCGACGAAAGUGCACAACAAAAAGAUUCGUCUUUGAUGCCUCACGACUCACGGCUCUCAAGUCCAAAGCUGCUAGUGCUUCUGUGCCAAAUCCCACACGUGUUGAAGUAGUGUCAGCACUCAUCUGGAAAUGUGCCAUGGAAGCAUCACGAUCAAACUUGGGUUCGAUAAGGCCUUCCUUGUGGUGUCAAGCAGUGAAUAUGCGUAGAAGAUCAGGGCAGGCAUUCACAGAAAACAUAUUGGGGAAUUUUGUGUGGUACUUCGCAGCAAUAACAGUAGAGAGUGAAGUAGAUCUUCAAAGCUUGGUUACUAAAUUCCGGAAAAGCAUCGAGGACUAUAAAGUAAACUACCCUAAUGGACUUCCUGCAGAGGACGCCUAUCAAUCAAUCAAAGAGUCUGGGAACAGCUGGGCAAAGAGGGGCAUAGACAACUAUAUUUGCAGCAGUUGGUGCUGGUUUCCCUUCUAUGAAACCAACUUUGGAUGGGGAAAGCCAUAUUGGGUAAGUCUCCCUAGUCUCCAAUCUAAAAAUACGGUUAUAUUGAUGGAUGCAAAAGGUGGCAAUGACAUUGAAGCGUCCUUGACAUUCUUAGAAGAGGACAUGGCCAUAGUUGAAAACAAUCAGGAGCUGCUUGCUUAUGGAUCUUUCAAUCCAAGUGUGAUAUAGAUAAUAUGCAGAAAGUCUCCCAUCUGGUGCUUCUCCUUAUAUGUGAUAUGUCAUUGUUUUCUUGCUCAUAGUCCUUAGAUUGUAGAGACCAUCUGUACUUUUUUUGCUUUUUACAAUCCAGUACGAGGAUUUCAACCAAAUAAUAGCAGGUUUUGAG